CUUUCAUUUUCUGUUCUCCUUCAACGGAUAACUCUUUCUUCCUUAAUCGAGGUCUAAUGUUGCAGUAGCGCCAUGCCAACACCUCACUCCGCGGCGCACGUUAGCGUCGGUCCUUUGAAUCCUUCAGCUUUCCCGCUUGCUUUCUCCUCAAAAGAUCCAAGGAAGAAGAAGAGUUUCUCUCAAGUGAGGUGCGCGUUGUCCUCCCCAAGAUGGCGGGAGACUAACAGGCGAUUGGUCUCCAUCUCUCUCCUUCUCUCGCAUAUAUUCCCUGUACCUAAUCAUGCAAUUGCAGCUAACUUUUUGGAUAAGUAUGUGAAAAAAAAAAAGCUCGACCCACUUGAGGCAUAUGUUCCUGCUGUAAUAUUGACCCAGUUGCAGAUUAAGGACUUGGUGAAAAUUUUGGAGGUUGAUCAACCCCAAUUUGCUAACUAUCGAUCUCUACUACGCUCCGGUCCUGCAGCAUCUCUUCGUGUAAAUAUUCGAGCAGUUGCACAAUACGCUUCUGAUGCUGGAAGUGGCAACACUGCUUUCAAUGAUGUUGAUCUAUGUCUCAGAGCCUUGGAAGAACUCGAUUCCUUGCUUCUGCGUGCAUCAAGAAAUGAUCCAGAAGCUUCAGUCAAAUCAAUGAAGGAAAAAGUAGGUGUCGCUCUUAAUUCGCUAGACAGCCUCCUCAGGACAGUUCCUCGAGAUAUUUUAGAUCAAGGAAAGGCUAUUGCAGAUGCCUAUAGAAGCCCACAAGAAGAAGAUGAACCUGAAAUCUUAGACCCAGAAUUGAAAGAGUUGGAAUCAAUAUUAUGAAUCAUCAAUUUUGUUUGUAUAUUACCACAAUGUUAAGACUCCCCAUUAUACCAUAUGAUCGAUCAAUAGCCAGAAACUAGAGUGGCAAAUGAUUUUCCUUUACUUGAAAGAGAAUCACACACCAGAUUAGUUGGUAUCAGAUAUUUUGUACGAUCUGCUCUUAAUAAUAGCAAAAACAUGCAGUUUUAUAACCAAA